AUGUAAUAAAUUGAAAAACAAUUCUCCACUUAAUAAAACUAGCAAUAAUAGUAGAACAUAUAGUAAUAAUAACAAUAGAAGUAAGCUUAUAUUUAAUCUCAACCAAUUUAACAAUAAUAAAAUAUAAAAUAGACAAAUGCAAGUACAACAAAAUUGAUUGAAUAAGAAUAAAUGUAUACUAUUGUGUCAAGUUUUAAAUCAUUUAAUUUAAUACAAUAAGAAUGCAAUUUUAUAAUGAAUACUUGUAUGAAAUAGCCAUCUAUUGAAAGCAAUACUUAAUGUUUGGCAUUUUAUACAAAUUUAAAAUAGGCUCUAUAAAAAUAAUUACUUUAAUUAAUAGAUUUUGUUGAAUAAGGAAAAUUGAGAGAUGACAUGUAUGGAAAAUUUAUUGGAGCAACAUUUAAAGAUUAAUAUGCUUUACUUCAAAAAGCAUAAACAUAAGGAGAUGCAUUUUUUAUUAAAAGGUUUUUAUUUAAUUAUUAUUUUAUAGAAUUACUAAUAGAAUGAAUAUAUUAAAAGCAGAAUAAACAUUAAUGUAAUAAAAUCCUUCAGAAAAUUUUGUUCAAAUAGUUUAAAAAAUAAAACCAAAUAUAAACAUACCUCAAUCUUAGAAGCCUAUAUUAAGGAAACCUUAACUUUAGGAGUAUAGAUUUGUUACUAUUAUAGCAAUAUAAAAUUAGAUUCAAUAAAAAUUGAUAAAAAUGCCCAAAAACAUCUAGAAGAAAAUAUAGAUUAAUUACCUACACAUGUUAAAUACGAAGCUUUACUAAAAAGAUAUAAAGAGUAUUAUAAUUAUGCAACUUAUUUAUCAAAUCAUGCUAAAGUAAAGAGGAAAGAAGAUAUUGAAUAAGCCCUAAAAUUAUUAGAAAAAGGAAAGUAAUUAAGAGAGCUUUUUACUUAAGGGUAGAAUCCUCCAAUUGGAAAUUAUCUAUACAAUGAAAUAAAAGAAAUUACUUUAGAAUAAUUUCAUUAAAUGAAUUAAUAAUAAUACAAAUCAUGUAAAUAUGUUGAAAUAUAUUAGAAUAAACAUAAUUAUUCAAUUAAUUGAUGGAAGCAAAUAAUAAAGAAAAAGAGUUUUAUAAAAUAUCAUUACACUCAAAGAGAAUUCAUAUAGGCUAGAAUUAAACUUAUAAUCCUCAUGAAGAAAGCAAAUAAAGAUUAAAUUCUUAUGGUUAAGCAUUUGAACAUCUAAAAUCCUUAUAAAAAAUGUAGUGGAUAUUAUUACCAGAUUUAGAGACUUAAGAUUUAUAAGUUUCAAUAUGUAUUGAAAAUAAAGAAGUUCCUCCAAAUAUAAUAAGAAUCAAAUUUCGCAAGCUUGAUUGCAAAUAUGAAAAAUAUUACUUAUUUUAUUCUUUAGAUACUAAUAAGUAUUAUUAAUUAUAAUUAUUAGAGGAGUUGUAAGCAAAUAAACUGAAAUUUGUGACAAGACUUGUUCAUUCAAUUCUGAUCAUGAUAUUCCUAUGGAAACAGGUGUAGAUUAUUCUAUGAAGAAAAUUGAAGUUAGACUAUUUGAAAAAGGAUUCUUUGGAUCAAGUGAAAUAGGUGUAGGUUUUAUAACUCUUGAAAAUAUUAAAAAUAAGACUUUAUUUGAAGGUAUAGCAAGUAUCACAACUCCUAAAAAAUAAACAAUCCAACUUUCUUAUACAUUAAUGAUUAGAGAACCUAUAGAGAAAUAUACAUAAUUAUAAAUUUAGUUUGUUUAAAUUACUAAACAAUAUCCAGUUUUUGAUCAACAAGAAGGUAUGAAGGAGUUUUUGGAAAAGUUCAUGGUAGCUUUGCCUACUUAUGAAUAAUAUAAAAAAGAGUAGGAAAUUAAAAGGUAAAGAGAAUUAGAAGAGUAAAGAUAGAGAGAAGCUUAAAGGAUUUAAGAAGAAAAAUUACUAUAAGAAUAAUAAGAAGCUUAGUAAUAAUCAAAUAAUUAAUAAUAAUAAUAAACACAAUUAAUAGUAAUAUAAGUAUUUAAACUAGUUUUUAAAUCAUAUGGAGAAUAAUCCAGAAAUUCAAAAGAUAAAAUAAUAUAUGGCUACAAAUCCACCUUUACCACCUAAAUUUAAUAUAGAAGAUUUAUUAUAUCCUGAAAAUCCAAAUACAGUAAAAAAAUUGUCUAAAUUUAGUUUCCAGUUUUCUCUUUUAUAGAAGAAUACUAACCUUAAGCAAACUAAAAAAGUAUUGAGUUGAAAUAAGAGCCAAGUUUAAGAUAAUGGAGUAAAUUUGUGCAAAAGAUGUGGGAAGAUUACACCAGAUAAUAAUGUGUAAAUAAAUUGUUUUAUAUUUAGAUAAUAAGAAAAAAUCUAGAAAAUAUUGGAGUUGAUUGGUAUCUUGAAAAAAUAUAAGGUUUACAGAUUUAUGAAUAAUUUCUAUUGGAUACUUAUACAAAGUUAAAUUUAAAAGAUUGGGUUUAAUUUGUAAAAUAUCGACAAGAAAAAUUGUAAAAGGAAUUAUUGGAGCUAGAGAAUAUGUAAAAUGAAGAAGAAUAGGAAUGA